AUGUAGCCUUAGUAUUUAAAGACUUUAUAAUAUUGCUAAUAAAAGUAUUAGACAAUCCUACCUAAUCAGGAUGUAAAGUUCGUAUAUUUCUUUAUUAAACUAGACCCUUGUACAAAGUAAUCAAAUUACCUAAAUUUUCGCUUAAUAUGAAAUCUUAGUUCAGUUGUUGAUCUAAAAUGCAUUAUUUUGUAAGUCGGAAGCUUUAAGAUAAAAAACUAUUUAGAUGUUAGAACAAUUAGAAAAACAAGAUCAUGCAUCAUUAUACAGUAUUGAUUUGUCAUAAUUUAAUGACAAUCCUCUCGCAAUUGAAGUCUCUCCUUUAUAAAGUUCUUUUUAACUUCCUCUGUUAAAGCAAUAUAAAACCUUAUUAGAAAGCAUUAAUAAAAAUUUUGACGAUAAAAUAGUUAUACUUAAAAAAUAUAUUCCUCUUAUUUAAACUAGUUAUUUACCUUNUCUAGUUUUCUAGUUAACCUUUCUAAAGCAUUUACAAGAAAAUUUGA